AUGAGUUCCCAACAGCAGAAGCAGCCCUGCACCCCUCCUCCCCCACCUCAGCAGCAACAGGUGAAACAGACUUGCCAGCCUCCACCUCAGGAGCCAUUUGUUCCCAUAACCAAGAAUCCAUGCGACACCAAGUUACCGCAACCUGGGAACACCAAACUUCCUGAACCAAACUACCCUAAAUAUCCUGAGCCAGGCCAUCCCAUAAUUCCUGAAUCAGGCCACAUCAAGGUCCCUGAGCCAGCCUACUCUGAGGUCCUUCAGCCUGGCUACACCAAGGUACCAGAACCAAGUCCCUCAACCAUUAUUCCAGGCCAGAAGACCAAGCAGAAAUGAUGUGGUCCUUAGCCAUGACCUUGAGGAGCUACACCCUUGAGGACCCAUGCUCUUGAGGAACUGACCACUGGAUGCUGACUACUUUCUCUCCUUCUGCUUUUGUGUCUUCAUUGCAUAUAUUUUAUAAUCAGUACAUUCUUAUCCUAAGUUAUAGCCUCUUUCUUAUUUGCAUCAUAAAAAUAUAUGCUAUGACACUUUCCCUUACAUACUUUGAGGAGUCUUCUGAGCCUCUGAAUUAUGCAGGCCUUAAUGGCUUUGCUGAUCCUCAGUUCCUCAAGAUUCAUCUGAGGAGGCAAUCUGGGUUGGAAGGAUGCAUUUUUCCUGCUCUGUUCCCAUUAAAUAACUUUUA